AGCGACUUCAGGUCCUGGAGAAUCCUGGAAUCAGCCUGACAAUUAUUUUUUUGUUACAUGAUGCAUUUUUUAAGCAAUUCUCUAAAAAAACAAAACAAAAACAAAAAAAACACUUUGUUUUUGAUAAUUAAGGCAAAAUUUUCAAAUUGAAAAUAAAUGUAGACUUGGUUUUGAGAUAAAUAAAUAAAAUAAUGGAAAAAAAAGAAAGAAAUAAUAAGGCAGAAAAACAUAAAUGUGUCCAAAAUAAACUCUUCUACAAUCUCUAGAUUUAAACAAUAAAAUAAAUUUACUUAUUUAAAUAAAAAAUAUCCCAAAAUAAACACUGUUAAGUUUCAUCGUUUCAACUGGAUUAUAGGCGAGUUUCAUUGUUGACAAAAGCGUGCGUUUCAUGUUGGGAAUUAUUUUGGUCGGCAGCAAUAAACACUAAUUGAACAUGACGGACGGAGCGAGAAAACACGUAAAGGGUAUUGAUCCUGGUUAUUUCUCCACUCUAACGGCAGACGACCCAAGACCAUUUGACCAGAGAUGGACGACAAAUCACCCUUUUCAACCCCGACAGAGUCUGGACCAAACCAAACUUCUGGUCAGAAUCUCCAACUCCCUGGACAAAUAUUCACUUGGGCGACAUCCACAAUGACUUGGUGGAAACUCCUGGGCCAUUCACAGCAGAAAAGAUGAAAACCUCCAAGAGUCUGGAUGUGUUGUUGAACUUGUUGAGUCCACGGUUUGUUAGGAUCUUCUACGUUUGCUCUGCGGAUGUUUGAAAGUCGUUUAAUUCACCGUUAGUGGUUCUUUUCACUCGGAAUAUGAAAAAGACAUUUUCCUUCUUCCGUGUUUCUAUUUGUGCGUCUGAUAAUGCAGCAGGAAUUUACCAUUAUCAGGGAGAAAUACACGAGGUUACACACUGUGUUAUCGUGUUUCUUGCCUCCAACCAAAAUGAUGUCAGCUGAAACUCACCUAUAUGAGUCUGGAAAUCGUUUGACACAAAUCGAAAUCACGAUUAAAAAUUCGAUUAAAGACGCAGACUUAAUCCUGAGUCUGAAGAUGCUCGACGCACGUCCACAGAUGAACGUGUGAGGUGAUGGGACGUGUUGAACUGAGCUCCUGGUCUGAGAAGAACGAACCUCGACUCCUGGUGCACGAUCUGAGUCCUGACUCGACCUGAGCAUGAAUCACCAUCACCUUAAAAGAGGAUUUUACUGAAUAAACGUGAGCGUCUUCAGGACGAUUUGUAAAACGACACAAACAGAAACAUAAACAAAGCUCCACGUUUGUUCUGGAACUUUCACAUUUGAUUUUAUUUUCAUAUUGAAGCUGAUUUUCUGACUCGAUCCAUCAGUGAUGCGGAGAGAAGGUCCUCCUGUCCCGGGAGCAGCAGGUCCCCGUGUGGUGUCCAGAGGGACGAGGGGGACGCUCCAGCUGGGAUUAGUUUGGGAAUUUAACCUUUUAACUUUUUGGUUUCAGGGCCUCGGAAACAAACAAACAAACAAAAAAACUCUUACAAAUGUGAAGUUUGACUGUGUGACUUGUCCCGUGGAGGGUCUGUCACCUGCUUGUCUCCGUGGAAAUGUGUCUAGAAUGUUCCACAGUGUGACCAUGAACGUAAGAAUCUCCAUGGAGACUCACCAGCCAAAUGACAGGUCAGAUCUGUGGAGAGGCGACGCUGCUCACCGUGAAGAAUUAAACAAACGUAAAGACGCAGUGAGUCUGAGGAAUAAAUAAAACCUCAAGUUGAAUAAAUCCAAGACAGAGGAGUUUAAUGCCACACUCUGGAUUAUUUCAACCAACGCGUUACCAUCUCCACGGAGACGAACACAGUGUGGACCUUCUCCAGAAAAGUUACACAGUGCAGCUUUAAAUUGCACCGAGUCUCAUGAAUAAAUCUAAACCGCAAACCCAUUUUCUCCGUGGACAUUCACCCCGAUGGGACCAAGUUUGCCACAGGAGGACAAGGGGAGGAUUCUGGGAAGGUGAUGAUCUGGAACAUGGCUCCUGUCCUCAGAGAAGAAGACGAGAAGAAUGAGAGCGUCCCCAAGAUGCUCUGCCAGAUGGACAACCACCUGGCCUGUGUGAACUGUGUGCGCUGGUCGAAUAACGGGCUGUACCUGGCGUCUGGAGGAGACGACAAACUCGUGAUGGUCUGGAAGAGAGCGGCGUUCAUUGGGCCCAGCACAGUUUUCGGCUCCAGCUCCAAACUGGCAAAUGUGGAACAGUGGAGAUGUGUGACCAUCCUCCGCAACCAUACAGGAGAUGUGAUGGACGUGGCCUGGUCUCCUCAUGACGUGUGGUUGGCCUCCUGCAGCGUCGACAACACCAUCGUCAUCUGGAACGCACGAAAGUUCCCAGAGAUGGUGAGUGUGUUGCGGGGACACACGGGGCUGGUGAAGGGUCUGACCUGGGACCCCGUGGGGAAGUACGUGGCGUCUCAGGCGGACGACCACAGUCUGAAGGUCUGGAGAACCGUGGACUGGAACAUGGAAGCAAACAUUACCAAACCCUUUAACGAGUGCGGCGGGACGACUCACGUGCUCCGUCUGUCCUGGUCUCCGGACGGUCAGUACCUGGUCUCCGCUCACGCCAUGAACAACUCCGGCCCCACGGCUCAGAUCGUGGAGCGCGACGGCUGGAAGACCAACAUGGACUUCGUGGGUCACAGGAAAGCCGUGACCGUCGUGAAGUUUAACCCGAAGAUCUUUAAGAAGAAGCAGAAGAACGGGAGCGCCCCCAAACCCAGCUGCCCGUACUGCUGCUGCGCCGUCGGGAGUAAAGACCGAUCCCUCUCUGUGUGGCUGACGUCCCUGAAGCGCCCCCUGGUGGUCAUACACGACCUGUUCGAUAAAUCCAUCAUGGACAUCUCGUGGACGCUCAGUGGACUGGGGAUGCUCGUCUGCUCCAUGGACGGGACCGUGGCCUAUCUGGACUUUUCUCUGGAUGAGCUUGGGGACCCCCUGAGCGAGGACGAGAAGAACACGAUUCAUCAGAACAUCUACGGGAAGAGUCUGGCCAUCACCAACACGGAGGCUCAGCUCUCCACCACCAUCAUCGAGAACCCCGAGAUGUUAAAGUACCAACAGGAACGGAACCAGAACCAAGACCAGACCAGAACCCAGCCCGGGACUAACCAGAACUCUGCCCCCAAACUCAGCAGCGUCGUCAAUGGGGAGUCGCUCGAGGACAUACGCAAGAACCUCCUGAAGAAGCAGGUGGAGACGAGGACGGCGGACGGGAGGAGGAGAAUCACCCCUCUGUGCAUCGCUCAGCUGGACACAGGGGACUUCUCUCCGGCCUUGUUCAACAGCACUCCCAUCCUGCCGUCCGGUUCGUCUCUGUCCAACCAGAUGGGGGCGCCACUCGGCCCCGACGCCACCCAGGGCCCGGGCUCCGCUCUGGUGCUGCGGCCGGGACACGAGCCCCUGACGUCCCCUCCAGCCGGCACCAAGGACGGGGACAAGGACGGGGUGAAGGGGACUCUGCUGCUGACCUCUGCCUCAAAGAUCGAGCCGAUGAAGGCGCUGGACUCCAGGUUCACCGAGAGGUCAAGGGUCACGCCCGGGGUCACCAACGCCAUCACCUCCACCUCUGCCCUCACCCCUCUGGACAGACCGAAGGAGGCGCUGGUUCUGAAGGAGGUGAAGCCCAAAGACGAGUCGAGCAGCGACAGCGAUGACAAAAUGGCCGCCAUCAACAGGAACCUGGCCCUGAAGAGGAAGGUGGAGUCCGAGGGGGCGGAGGACCGCAGGAGGGUGGAGUCCGAGGGGGCGGAGGACCGCAGGAGGGCGGAGCUAGAGGCCGCCGAGGUCGUGGAGAAGAGGAAGAAGGGACGGCCGCGCAAAGACAAGAUGGCCCCCGCCGCCCAGAGCUUCACCCCUGUGCAGGUUCCUCCAGAGUCGAGUCGAGUCGUUCACGCUCCAGCUCAGGUCUGCAGACUCCCCACACCCAGCGCCCAGAAGAGCCUCAGCCUGCAGGUGAGCAUGGACCCGUGUGUGACGGUGGAGCUGGAGAACGAGGUCUCUGUGGUGUCCGGGUCCAGACUCAGUCAACUCCGAUGCUCCAGAGACGGAAGAGACUGGAACAGUCUGCUGCCGAGUUCAGUGCUGUGUGCAGCCGGAAGCAGUGAUGUCAUUGCGGUGGCUUGUGAGGACCGGACUCUGUCUCUCUUCUCGUCGUGUGGUCGUCGGUUGUUUCCUCCGUUGGCGUUGCCGUCUGCCGUCUCGGCGCUGCACUGCGCCGGCCGCUACGUGAUGGCCCUGAGCGCCGGCGCCACGCUCUCCGUCUGGGACGUGCUGAAGCCCAAGGCGCUGGUGAAGGACGCGUCUCUGCUCCCGCUGCUCUCAGGUGCAGACACGACGGUGACUCAGUCUCUGCUCACGCCUCAGGGCGUCCCCGUCGUCUCUCUGUCCAACGGAAAAUCCUUCUGCUUCAGCGUCGCCAUGGAGACGUGGACUCUGGUGGCGGACAAGUGUGACUCUCUGGUGCAGUGUGCAGACUUCAGGAGUUGUCUGCCGUCCCAUGAUGCAUCUGUUCUGUCUGGACCACUGACCACCAUGCAGGGACGCCACGUCAGCGCGGGGCGUCUCUCCUCUCGUCUGUCGUCUCUCUCUCUCCACCUGCAGCAGGGAGUCACUCUGUCGUUCCUGGAGUCUCAGCUCUCGUCGGCUUUGGCUCUUCAGUCGGCCCCUGAGUAUCGACACUGGCUCCUGGUUUACGCGCGCUUCCUCGUGCACGAAGGUUCUGAGUUCCGUCUGCGUGAGUUGUGCUCGGAGCUGCUGGGGCCCGUGCACAAAUCUGUGUCCUCCUCCUGGGAACCGUCCACUCUGGGUUUGAGGAAGAGGGAGCUUCUCUCUGAGGUUUUGCCGGUGAUCGGGGAAAACCUCCGAUUCCAGAGACUCUUCACAGAAUACCAGGACCAGCUGGAACUGCUCAGGAACAAAUGACCUACACCCACCUACACCCACCUACACCCACCUACACCCCCCUGAGCCCUGAGCCCUCCCACCUCUGCGCGCCUUUGCCCAGAACCACGUCUCCUGCAGAGGAGCCACCAACUGAAACUCCAAGCCUCCAAACGGAACUGAUGCUACAGAACAAACGAUCCACCCGUCCCCUCCCCCUCCACCUGCCCCCGUCACCUGUCCCCUCCCCCCUCCCUGCCUCCCGCCGCUUUCGUUUGGACUUUUGUAAAUCUGUAAAUAAAUGUAGAGUUUGAGCUUUUGCAGAAAUGAGCUGUAAAAACGAAACCGCAAAUUAAGUCAGGAAGUCUGGUUUCUCUCACAGGAAGUCCCGCCUCGCCCCCCCCCUCUCCUGAUUGGUCACGUUUAAAAGUGUUUCAGUUUAAACAGAAACAUCAGUGUGUUUGUUUUUUGUUUUUUUUCUGUGAGCGUCAGAGGAUUAAAAACCCGCAGGUUUGGAGCCGAGCGUUUUGUCCUUUCAGUCGUUUCAGUUUUAGAAUCUUUGGAUUUGGUCAAAGCCGCAAGAUUCUGUUUAAAACCACAAACAAGUUUCAACAUUUAAAAAUAAAAAACAAAACACUGGAAAAUGUUUAAUUCUGACUAAACCGGGACUAAACAGGAACUGAAUCAGGACUAAAACAGGACUGAACCAGGACUAAUCUAGGACUGAAACUGGGACUAAACCAGGGACUGAACCAGGACUGAAUCAAGGACUAAACUGGGACUAAACCAGGGACUAAACCGGAACUGAAUCAGGACUAAACCAGGACUAAAACCAGACUGAACCAGGGACUAAACCAGAACUAAAACAAGACUGUACCAUGACUAAUCUAGGACUCAGACCGGGACUGAAUCGGGACUGAAUCGGGACUAAACCAGGACUAAACCAGGACUAAACCAGGACUAAACCAGGACUGAAUCAGGACUAUACUGGGGACCAGACGGGGGACUAGACCGGGACUGAAACUGGGACUAAACCAGACUAAAGCCGGUGGUCCUGUUUGGUCCUGUUUGGUCCUGUUUGGUCCUGUUUCUGCGCUUGGACUGAAUUAGUCGUUUGUUUUCGCGUCUUGUGUUUGAGCCUCGACUUUUCUCACGUCGAUAACGUCACAUUUCACCUGUCGUCUCCUUGUGGGCGGGACUUCCUGUGCCUUUUUUUUAAACUUUACCCUUUUGAGCUCCGCGCUCUGACCCCUGACCCCCGACCCCCGGUGUACAGCUUUGCUCCUUUUGUUUGCUCCAUUUUAAAUGUUUGUACAAGUUUAUGAAUAUUUGAGUUUUUCUAUGAAGCAGCUGCAGAAUCUGUUAUUUUGGAAAGAAUUUGUGAAAAUAAUAAAAAGAGACGAAGGAAAC